CCCAGCUUCUGUUAUGGCAGGGCUGCACAUUGGCAUUUACCAAACAGCCACGGCAUGCCAGUCUCCCUAGCAGCACCUCCCCGCCUUCUCAGGAGACAGAAAAGGCUGAACUGAGCUGAGAACAGACCGUAGUGGACUGUCUGGGAAACACACCCUCACAUCAGCAAGACAAAGUGGAGGAAACUGCUGAACACAUGUCCCAAGAUUCCAAAGUCUAACCAAAUAAUGUGACAACAAAUUGUUUCCAUAACUGAUGAUCUCACAAUGAUGGAAGGACAAAAUGGAAAUAUCUCAGUUCAGAAAACAACAGAAAAUGGAAUUAAAGGGAAGCCCCCAUACUCUGUGGAAACUCCAUACGGCUUCCGGCUUGACCUGGACUUUCUUAAGUAUGUAGAUGACAUUGAGAAAGGCAACACUAUCAAAAGAGUGCCAAUUCAGCGCAGAAGCAAGGGCACCCGGGCCAGUACACUCCCCAGACACCUUAACCCCUCUGGAAGUGGCUACCGCCCAAGUCCCUGGGGGUCCACCGGGGCUCUGGGGUCACGCGUGUCAGAUGCCCAUCAUUAUGGCUACACCUCCUGGUCACAUGACCACAGGUCGCCUCUUUCCCCCACAGGGCUCAAAUCUCUGGCAGAAAUGGAAGCCAGGAUAAAAGAGUUUGAUGAACAACCUCUUGGGGAACACAUUAGACCUCACCUCCUCCGAGCCUCCAGUCUGCCACUCACAGUUUUGCUGAGACAGGGAUCAGAGUCCACUGAAGACGCCGGCAGCCUCCGAAGUUCAAGGGAUCACCUCGGAGGAAGGAAUACCUCCUGUGAAGAUGUCUUUUACUGCUCAGAGAUCCCCCGGUCCCAGGACUGCUCGGCGCUGUGGAGACGUCUCACAGAGGCGCUGGAACGCGUGGGGGAGCUGGAGAUGGAGGUGAGGGUUAUUCCAGACUUAAGGGCUCAGAUCUGUAUUCUCCAGGAGGAAAGAGAACGGCUCCGUCUGGGCAUGAAUCCACAUAUCCAGCCCUCAUCCAUGAACGGAAUCACAGACCCUCGCACCUCUUCGCACUACAACACUGCUGACAUCAAACGCCCCCGGCACGAAAGUCAUAUCAUGUUCCCUCUAAAUCACAAAAUCUCUCAAGAUGACUCUAAUCCCACACAUGAGUGGAGGACUAGUACAGAUCUGGAUGAGCUACUUACAGUGACCUCCCUCCAGGCCAAAGUAGCUGUGCUGGAGCAGAAACUCCACGAGACUGGCCUGGAACUCCAGAGGGUCUCAGAUCUGCUAAAGGAUCAGCAGGAGGAAAGCAGAAGGAAGGAUGAAAAGAUUGAGAAUCUUAUGAGAAAUCCUGGGGAAUGGGUCCUUGCAGAGAGGGUGGUGGUAGAACAGGACGGAGACGAGACUGUUGUGAGAAGUCUAGGUCCGUUUAAUAAUAAAACAACCACAAGUCGUCAAAAAAGUCAACGACCGGACCCCGUUGUCAAUACUGUGCAUCCGUUAUCUGAGGGGGCGGACACAGAGGUAGUGGUCCACCACAUAAACAAGGUCAAGAGGCUCCUGGAUCAGCAGUGGGAGUGUUUGUGUGCAGAGAAUGAAUCAGGAGAAGGUAAACCUCUGCAACACUUAGACCCCAAAGUCAACGCUCUUCAGCUGGAGAUGAUGGGACUUGUUGAUAUUCUGUCCUCCUACUACACCCAGCAUAAACACAAUGAUGAAGAGGCCUCUCAACAGGAAGCCUGUAAAUCCAUCAUGAAUAAAGAUGGAUGCUCCCAGAUGUCAGAAAGCCUACACUCUGGUGCUGAUGAAGGGAGCAAAACAACCCCAAGUGUAAAUCUGGAGGGGAAGAGCUGCACCAACCAGAGCGUUCACGGCAAUUUGAAGCAGAAGGCGAGCGGUUCGGUCCCUGGAGAGAUGGCUGCUGGCCAGGUGGAUGAAGACCCGCAGAGGAGAGGGAUGGAGGAAGAGAAGCAAAUGAGCCCAGACAGACAGAUGAUAUCAGGAGGAACAGGAUCAGGGCGGACAGAUGGAAGCGGAGCGUCUGUGGAGGCUGAGGCUCCAGAGAAAAUGGCCAAGAUGAAACCGCAGCCCCCAGGAGAACAGAUGGAGGCGAACUCUGGCUCUGAAACAACCACCACGGGCAGGGAGAUGGUGAGUGCAGAAUUUGCGUCUGCCUGUCUGUUUCUGAAAGAUCAUAUGGACAACAUGGAUAACCCCAAUGACGACAUGAGGAAGUCCUUAGUCGUACUGUUUGAGAACUGGUUCAGAGCAGCAGCAGAGGACACCUCAGCUGACAGCAGUGUGACCGAACACCUUAGAGAAGUGAAGAAGUCUGCACCUGGACUACUGGCUUUCCUGGUCAACCUUGCGGACGACAACAGUAACACAGUGUUGCAUUACAGCGUAUCCCACUGCAACUACAGCAUCGUCAGUGUGCUGCUGGACACAGGCGCGUGUGAUGUAAACCUCCAGAAUAAUGCUGGAUACACAGCUAUGAUGCUGGCCUCGCUGACAGCCCCAGAUGGUCCCAGUGGCAUGGAGGUGGUCCGCAGGCUCAUGGAGAUGGGCAACGUUAACAUCCAGUCUGGCCAGACAGGCCAAACAGCUCUGCACUUGGCAGUCAGACACGGGAGAGUUGUGAUGGUUCGCCUUCUCCUGAGUUGUGGGGCGGACGCUAACAUCCAGGACAACAAGGGAACCACAGCCCUGAUGUUUGCAGCCGAGAGAGGCCACACACACAUCGCAAGGCUGCUACUGGAGAGAAGCCAGUGUGAACUCAACCUGACGGACAAGAGCGGUCGAACUGCGCUGUCCAUCGCCAGGCAAGGUUCCCACACUGAUACAGCCACGCUCCUGAAGGCCCACGCUAAAGCCAGAGCUCUGUAGAACUGAAAAACCAAGUCAGAUCCUGCAGAUAUUUAGUAUGAUCCUCUCAUACAUGCUUUAAUUCAGUCCUCUGAGGUGCUUCAAAACCCAGUUAAAUGUCACAGCUAUGUGCUUGGAUUGAGCUUUAAUAUUAUUUUUUUGAGACUUAUGCACAUCAGCAACAGCUUCAGCUACGAAUGGAAAGAUAUCAUUAUUUUAUAAUACUCUACGCAUAGAGUUAAUGAAUGUCAUGUGUGGUGUUCUUUUAUUUUUACUGUUAUUGUUCAUAGAGUUUUUUUUUUUUUUUUUUUUUUUACUUUGCACAUCCAAGUAUAAGCUUAGCUGUGCAAACUAUGCAAUCAAAAAUAUUUAUUAUAGUAUGAUCCUUAUAUUGUAUUGGUUACCUGAGUUUACUGGAUAAUGCUUGUGCUUACAAAAAGAAGUGCUUUAAUGGUUUAAAAUAUAUAUAUGUGAUUAAACAAAAAGGAUUGCAGAAACAGGGUGGAAUAUGUAUGUAUUGCUAUUUGCAUUCUUGCAGCAGCUGAGUACUUUCAAAUAAAAUAAAAUAACAGAUGGGUGUAAAAUAUCUAAAAAUAAAUGGAAUAUUCCAUGCUGCAUGCAAGCACAUGAAAGACAAAUUUUGUGCCUGUUGAUUUCACUUAUUAAUAAUUACUAUGCUGCUGUAUACACUGUGUUUUUUUUUUAAUUAAAUGAGAUAAAACUCA